CAAGCAGAUGAUUUUCAAGCGAAGAAGACAAAAUCGGUGAUUGUCAUCAAUGUUAUGUCACGGAGUUCCAUAUGAGUCGUUACUCCAACUGUAGGCCGCAAAAGAGCUGGGCAUCCUAGGGCUGAAUGCAGAAGACAGUGGCUGUCCUGGGAGGGGGGAUAGGGGGCCUGUCUGCCUGCUUCCACCUCAGCAAGUGCCCCCAGGUCUCCAAGAUAGUGCUGCUGGAGGGGGAUGGACGGUUCGGAGGCUGGCUGAGCUCAACUCGUAGGGAGGAUGGAGCUGUGUUUGAACAUGGACCUAGAGGGAUACGACCUGCAGGAGCCGUGGGCCGAAACACACUCAACAUGGUGGAAGAGUUGGGGCUGGAGAGCGAGGUCCUCCCAGUCACCCAUGAUCACGUGGCCUCUAAGAAUCGUUACCUCUACGUGGGAGGCCAGCUACACAAGAUGCCUUCUGGCUUAGGUGGAGUAGUGCGUACAGUCCCUCCGUUCUCUCGUCCUCUGGUCCAGAGCGUACUGAAGGAGAUACUGAUCAGCAGAGGGAAGGAGGACGAUGAGUCUGUUCAUUCCUUUGUGUCAAGAAGGCUGGGCACUGAGCUUGCAGACAUCGCCAUCGACAGCCUGUGCAGGGGAGUGUUUGCAGGGGACUGCAGGAAGCUGAGUGUGCGCUCUUGUCUCCCGCCCCUCUACAAUGCAGAGAAGGCCAGAGGUUCCAUCGUCCUGGGCAUGUUGAUGGGCUCAGGCCCUGGACCAGACAUACCCCCCUCUGCCCUGGCCAAAAGGGCCGCUCAGGAGAACUGGGCCCAGUGGUCCCUGAAGAGGGGCUUACAGAACCUUCCAGAAGCCCUGGAGGAGAGGAUGAGGAAUGGGGGACGUGUAGAGGUGCACAGAGACACCCCUGUGAGGGGGCUAAGUACUAAUGGCACCGGCUGGGAGAUUCAACUGGAGGACGGCACCAUCAAAGCUGAUUAUAUCAUUGCUGCUCUACCCGCAAAAGCUCUGGCCUCAGCACUGCCCUCUGCUGCACAGCCCCUGUCACAGCAGCUACGGGAGAUUGCCACGGUGACCGUUGCCGUGGUAAACCUGGAGUAUGAGGGUUCCAUCCUGCCUGUCACGGGCUUUGGCCACCUGGUGCCAUCCUCAGAAGACAGAGGGCUCCUAGGGGUGGUCUACGACUCUGUAGCCUUCCCCCAGCACAACCGCACUGGAGGACCCACCACCAGACUAACAGUGAUGAUGGGCGGGGCCUGGUUCCAGGAAGUGUUUGGGAAUCCAGAGGAAGUGACAGAGCAGCUCCUCCUGGAGAGGGCCACUCAGGCCGUGACAUCACACCUGGGCGUUACCACACCACCUAUCUGGAGCGUCGUUGCACUACUCAAGAACUGCAUUCCUCAAUAUUACCUUGGACACUGGAAACGACUUGAAAAUAUGAGACAAUACAUCAAAGACCACAAUCUAACCCUUAGUCUGGCCGGGUCCUCUUAUGAUGGCGUCUCGGUCAAUGAUGUAAUCUUCAGUGGACGGACGGCAGCAGAGGGCCUUGUGGGAAAAGUCUAACCGGAUGUUCAGGUUCCAACCAUGGAUAUAAGCUUAUAUUGUGAAAGAGAUCUUGUUUUUUUCCUCAUCACAUUAGUUUUGGUUUUACUGUACAUACAACUUACUAGUCACCCUCUGCAUUUAAGCCUUCUGCAAAGGGAUGUCAUUUUCGCGCAAUAUUCCUGAUUUAUAAGCAGCAUAUUUAAGAAGUUUUCCAUUUCCAUCUCAUUUGGACAAAGCACAGCUUGAACCACCAGAGAUGAUUCUAUCAGAUACAAACCUCUGUCAGAGACAUCACCACUAGCCUGAAAAACACAGGUAACCCACAGAACAGUUCUCAUUGUAAUAAGAUCAUCUCGUUUUUGAAAUAGAGUGCUGGAUGAAAGUCAUAUGUACUCACUACGUAAAAUGUAACCACAAUCGGAACUGUUUUAGGGUGAUCUGUCCCCGUAAGCUUACUUCAAGGAUUUCAUUUUCAACGCAGUAGUUCAGAAUGUAGAGUAACAUUUUAAAUUCAGGAUGAGAUUUCAUAUUUUAGUUAUGGUGCCUUUUUGCUAACAGAAAUCACCACCCCUUCAUGAAUGUACAGGCAUAUUUGAUGUGGGAGACAUGUUAAAGAUGUGAUAAUCAGUGGUGUGUAUAUCCCUACUCCAUUGUGUCUGCUCAGGUGUUAUUGAAGUAACCUCAUGUAAUGCAAUUGUCCUUUCCGGCCAUCUGUUUUUUACCCUAUCCUUUUUGUGAAUAUAGCAGACAAAAAUCCAUUAUUAUUAUGGUAAAGAAUGUGCUCAUAUGUUUCAUCACCAUGGUAACAGAACUGCACAGACUCUGAUGUGAUGAUCUCCAUAUGGUGAUCAAUCUUGUAUUUGGAAUCUAAUUACGAUAAAGGAAACUUUAAUUUAUAGAGUGUAAGUACAGUGGCAAGGGGAUGGUUUGAUAAUGUAUUUUUAUACACAUGUUUAUUAAAUCAAACUUUAUUAUUUGGAGAAUGUUGCAGAGCAAUAAAUAUGAUGCUUUAUCA